AUGGACAAUUCUGCACUCACAUCAACAACUCCUAGCGAUGUGAAGCCAGAGUCGCAGGCCGAUGCUGCACCCAAGGCUCCCUCUGCUGCCAGUCACGAGGAGAAAAUUGCACAAGUGAGAGAAUUAACCAAUGCCACGCACCAGGCGGCAUUUCAAGCUCUCUUAACCUUCAAUUGGGAUGUGCAGAUGGCCGUCGACAAGAUUCUCAAUGCACAUGAGGCAACCAAGCAGGUGCUGAGCCAGCGGAAUGCGAAUCCACAGGCGAAAAGUCACCAUCCACCACCGCUGCCAGUACAACACGUGGUCCCGGUCUCAGUUGACGAUAUCGUUGGACCUCAAAAGAUCGAUGACAUCAGAUGUGGUGCCUGCCGUUCCCGGUGGACCGACUCCUCUCCCGAUUCAUCGGACGGACAGUGGGAAUGCAGACCCUCUCGAGGGGUGGUGGGGAUCUCAGAGGUUGAGGGCACCGUAGGUGAUCAGUUUGGUAUUUACGACACUGAGGAUGCUUCGGAGGCUGUGUCGUCGGCAUUUGCAGCGCUUUUGUAUGAGCCAAGGGCGACCGCCCUGCCCUGGCUGGAACGAGAAUAUAUUCGCCUUCAACGUGCAGAGGUCGAGAUGUACAAAGUGAAACGAGCAGCCACGGCCACGGCUGAGAAGGCCAGCAUUGGCAAAGCCAAGCAGUUGCAGAGUCCCUCAGGUCAAGAGUUCACCGUUGUUCUCUCCCCUGAGGAACACCAGGAGUAUCUGCGGCGACGGCAGUUGCCCGGGUCACCACAAGGCCCAACAUCGCCAUCCUCGCCGUGGCCGUCUCUGGCUGCAGGGGCUUCUCCCUCGCAAGGCCAGAGAAUGGAGCAAGAGAGGUAA